AUGCCUCAACUGUGGGGAAGCCACGAGUACUACGAGACCUACCCCGACGGACAGCCGGAACUCGACGACGACCCCGACGACGACCCCGACGAGGACCUGCUCGACGACACGACGACGAAGAAACGCCGAAUUAAGCUGAGGAUAGCAGACGAAACUUGGUUACACCUCUCAGUUGGUUACACCUUUCAGUUGGUUACACCCUUCAGUUGGUUACGCCCUUCAGUUGGUUACACCUCUCAGUUGGUUACACCUUUCAGUUGGUUACACCCUCCAGUUGGUUACACAUUUCAGUUGGUUACACCUCUCAGUUGGUUACACCCUUCAGUUGGUUACACCCUUCAGUUGGUUACACCCUCCAGUUGGUUACACCUUUCAGUCGGUUACACCUCUCAGUUGGUUACACCUUUUAGUUGGUUACACCCUUCAGUUGGUUACGCCCUUCAGUUGGUUACACCUCUCAGUUGGUUACACCUUUCAGUUGGUUACACCCUUCAGUUGGUUACGCCCUUCAGUUGGUUACAGCUCUCAGUUGGUUACACCUUUCAGUUGGUUACACCUCUCAGUUGGUUACACCUUUCAGUUGGUUACACCUUUCAGUUGGUUACACCUUUCAGUUGGUUACACCCUUCAGUUGGUUACGAUCUUCAGUUGGUUACACCCUUCAGUUGGUUACGCCCUUCAGUUGGUUACACCCUUCAGUUGGUUGCGCCCUCCAGUUGGUUACACCUUUUAGUUCGUUACACCUCUCAGUUGGUUACACCUCUCAGUUGGUUACACCUUUCAGUUGGUUACACCCUCCAGUUGGUUACACCUCUCAGUUGGUUACACCUUUCAGUUGGUUACACCCUUCAGUUGGUUACGCCCUUCAGUUGGUUACAGCUCUCAGUUGGUUACACCUUUCAGUUGGUUACACCCUUCAGUUGGUUACACCUUUCAGUUGGUUACACCUUACAGUUGGUUACACCUCUCAGUUGGUUACACCUCUCAGUUGGUUACACCCUUCAGUUGGUUACACCUUUCAGUUGGUUACACCUCUCAGUUGGUUACACCUUUCAGUUGGUUACACCUUUCAGUUGGUUACACCCUUCAGUUGGUUACACCCUUCAGUUGGUUACACCCUUCAGUUGGUUACGCCCUUCAGUUGGUUACACCUCUCAGUUGGUUACACCUCUCAGUUGGUUACACCUUUCAGUUGGUUACACCUUUCAGUUGGUUACACCCUUCAGUUGGUUACGCCCUUCAGUUGGUUACACCCUUCAGUUGGUUACGCCCUUCAGUUGGUUACACCCUUCAGUUGGUUACGCCCUCCAGUUGGUUACACCUUUUAGUUGGUUACACCUCUCAGUUGGUUACACCUCUCAGUUGGUUACACCUUUCAGUUGGUUACACCCUUCAGUUGGUUACACCUUUCAGUUGGUUACACCCUUCAGUUGGUUACGCCCUUCAGUUGGUUACACCCUUCAGUUGGUUACGCCCUUCAGUUGGUUACACCCUUCAGUUGGUUACGCCCUCCAGUUGGUUACACCUUUUAGUUGGUUACACCUUUCAGUUGGUUACACCUCUCAGUUGGUUAAACCUUUCAGUUGGUUACACCCUCCAGUUGGUUACACCCUUCAGUCUCUGUGGACCAAAGUCUAUGUGGACCAAGGUCACUGUGGACCAAAGUCUCUGGACCAAGGUCUCUGUGGACCAAAGUCUCUGUGGACCAAAGUCUCUGUGGACCAAAGUCUCUGUGGACCAAGGUCUCUGUGGACCAAAGUCUCUGUGGACCAAGGUCUCUGUGGACCAAAGUCUCUGUGGACCAAGGUCUCUGUGGACCAAAGUUUCUGUGGACCAAGGUCUUUGUGGACGAAAGUCUCUGUGGACCAAGGUCUCUGUGGACCAAAGUCUCUGUGGACCAAAGUCUCUGUAGACCAAGGUCUCUGUGGACCAAAGUCUGCGGACCAAGGUCUCUGUGGACCAAGGUCACUGUGGACCAAAGUCUCUGUGGAUCAAGGUCUCUGUGGACCAAAGUCUCUGUGGACCAAGGUCUCUGUGGACCAAGGUCUCUGUGGACCAGUCUCUGUGGAUCAAGGUCUCUGUGGACCAAGGUCUCUGUGGACCAAAGUCUCUGUGGACCAAAGUCUCUGUGGACCAAGGUCUCUGUGGACCAAGGUCUCUGUGGAUCAAGGUCUCUGUGGACCAAAGUCUCUGUGGACCAAGGUCUCUGUGGACCAAGGUCUCUGUGGACCAGUCUCUGUGGAUCAAGGUCUCUGUGGACCAAGGUCUCUGUGGACCAAAGUCUCUGUGGACCAAAGUCUCUGUGGACCAAGGUCUCUGUGGACCAAGGUCUCUGUGGACCAGUCUCUGUGGAUCAAGGUCUCUGUGGACCAAGGUCCUUUUGGGCCAAGGUCUCUGUGGACCAAGAUCCUUUUGGGCCAAGGUCUCUUUUUAGUCACGUCUGCUCUCCCAUUAGAGAUAAUCGUCCUGGGCCCACCCCCUUGGGGUCCUUUCGUUCUGGGCCCACCCCUUUGGGGUCCCUUCGUCCUGGGCCCACCCCUUUGGGGUCCCUUCGUCCUGGGCCCACCCCCUUGGGGUCCUUUCGUCCUGGGCCCACCCCUUUGGGGUCCCUUCGUCCUGGGCCCACCCCCUUGGGGUCCUUUCGUCCUGGACCCACCCCUUGGGAACCCUUCGUCCUGGGCCCACUUCUUGGGUCCCUGCCUCCACACCCACCCAGGCGCCGCCCACAUGCCCAGGGCCGCCCACAUGCCCAGGGCCGCCCACAUGCCCAGGGCCGCCCUGGCUCUUCAUGCCCUCAACAACGCUCAGGAAUCUUUACACACUUCAGCAACUACAAAUUUCCACGUAAUAAAACUUUCAGAUUCCCCUCGCGCAAGAAUUUUUGAGUCAUGCGAGGUUCCUGAUAGUGCCAGAUAA